AUGUUCCAAUCGACAUUUUCUGCUAAGCAACUGACUUGGCAUGCGAAGGGCAGAAAGAAGGACGGAAUGAUGAGACAUCCAGCGGAUUCUCCAAUGUGGAAAAUGAUAGACACUAAAUGGCCAGAUUUUGGUAUAGAACCUAGGAACCUUAGACUUGCAUUGUCCUCAGAUGGGUUUAACCCAUUCGGUGCAGCAAACAGCAAGUACUCUUGUUGGCCGGUGAUUUUGGUCACCUAUAACCUUCCUCCAUGGUUAUGCAUGAAGAGGAAGUGCAUGAUGUUAACUUUGUUAAUUUCAGGACCUAAGCAGCUUGGAAAUGACAUUGAUGUCUAUCUGCAGCCUUUAGUCGAUGAUUUGAAAGUCUUGUGGGAUGGGGUUGAGCGAGUGUACGAUGUUGUAAGAGGAGAGUACUUUAAGCUGAAAGCAGUAUUGUUUUGGACGAUAAACGAUUUCCCUACAUAUGGGAACUUAUCGGGGAGCAUUGUGAAAGGAUACAAUGCGUGUCCAAUCUGUGUUGAUCAAACCAAACCGUACCGGUUGAAGAAAUCGAAUAAAAUGGGUUUUUUGAGGAAUCGAAGAUGGCUGCCACGAUAUCAUCCUUACCGAAAGCAAGCUUCUGCUUUCGAUAACACUAUAGAAAAUGAUGAUGCUCCAGCACCAUUAACUGGAGAAGAAACAUUUGCAAGAGUUCAAGGGCUGCCUAAAGCAAGUGGCAAGAAAAACUCACCUGCCCCUUAUAAGGGCCCUCCAGAAAAUAGACCAUGCUGGAAGAAAAAGUCUGUUUUUUUUGAACUUGAGUACUGGAAGUUUCUUCCAGUAAGACAUAAUCUUGAUGUCAUGCACAUUGAGAAGAAUUGUUGUGAUGCUAUUCUUGGCACGUUGUUGAACAUUCCAGGGAAGACUAAGGAUGGCAUUGAAGCUAGAUUAUAUAUGGUUGAAAUGGGGAUUCGCACUGAUUUGAAGCCUACAAUUGAUGCAAAAAGGGAUAAGUUGCCUUUAGCUAGCUGGAACUUGCUUCUAGAUGAGAGAAAGAUCGUAUGCGAUUCAUUUAGCAAUAUGAAGGGUCCUGCCCGGUUUUCAUCUAAUAUACGGAGUCUAGUGUCAAUGGAGGAUUUAAGACUUUCUAAUCUUAAAUCACAUGAUUGCCAUAUUAUAAUGCAACUUCUUCUCCCUGUUGCAUUACGUUCUGUUUUGCAAAAACCUGUUAGAUAUGCAAUUAUUCGUUUUUGUCUAUUCUUCAAAGCGAUUUGCAGUAAAGUAAUUGAUGUCUCCAAACUUCAACAAAUGCAAGCAGACUUGGUCGAUACAGUUUGCUUGCUUGAGAAGUUUUUUCCACCAUCAUUCUUUGACCUAAUGAUUCACCUAACAAUCCAUCUUGUUAGAGAAGUCGAGUUAUGUGGUCCGGUUUUUUUUAGAUGGAUGUACCCCUUUGAGAGGUACAUGAAAGUGUUCAAAGGGAUGGUGAGAAAUCGAACAUAUCCUGAGGCACUACAGGAGAAAACCCCUUUAGUGACAAAAGUUUAG